AUGUCCCCCCCCCCCCCCAGAGGGUGCCUGUUCCACGGACCACCUGGCACAGGUAAGACGCUGCUUGCCCGUGCGCUGGCCAGCGAGGUGGGCCGGUCCAGCAGGAAGGUGUCCCUCUUCAUGAGGAAGGGCGCCGACUGCCUCUGCAAGUGGGUGGGCGAGUCGGAGCAGCAGCUGAGGCUGCUGUUUGAGCAGGCCUAUCAGAUGCGUCCGUCCAUCAUCUUCUUCGAUGAGAUCGACGGCCUGGCUCCAGAGCGGUCCAACAGACACGACCUGAUCCACAGCUCCAUCGUGUCCACGCUGCUGGCUCUGAUGGACGGGCUGGACGACCGAGGGGAAGUCGUCGUGAUCGGAGCGACGAACCGCCCGGACGCCAUCGACGCGGCGCUGCGGCGGCCCGGACGCUUCGACCGGGAGUUCCUCUUCAGGCCGCCCGACAGAGAGGCCCGUAAAGAGAUUCUGAGGAUCCACACCGGGCCGUGGGAACCGAGACCGUCUGAAGAGCUCCUGGAGGAACUGGCCGGGAAAUGCGUGGGUUACUGCGGCGCCGACAUCCGUGGCGUGUGCACCGAGGCGGCGCUGUGCGCUCUGCGCCGCCGCUACCCUCAGAUCUACGGCUCGUCCCAGAAGCUCCUGCUGGACUUCUCCUCCAUCGUCGUCGGCCGCCGCGACUUCGCGGAGGCGAUGGAGAAGAUGGUGCCGGCCUCCCGCCGCUGCUCCCUCACGGCGCCCGCCAGACCCCUGCACCCCGUGGUCCGGCCGCUGCUGGACGGCGCCCUGCGCCGCGCCCUGGAGGCUCUGCGGAGGCUGUUCCCACCGGGGGAGUCGGAGCCCGAGGUGCCAGGAGGCGCGUCUGACGAGGGCCCGUCCAGCACCUCCUCCACGAGCAGCAGCUUCCUGCUCUCUUCCUGGUGAGCUCCAAACAUGGAGAAGAACUGGUUUCCCUCUGUGACCCCUCCCUCAGUGACUCGACCCCUCACCAAACACCCGACGUCCCAGCGCCCCCGGAUGCUGCUGUCCGGCCGGCCGGCCUCAGGCCACUCGUCCCACUUGGCCCCGGCGCUGCUCCACGCUCUGGAGCGCCUCCCGGUGCUCAGCCUGGACUCCUCGGUGCUGUUCGUCAGCGGCACGACCCCGGAGGAAGCCUGCGCCAGAAACCGCCGUCCUCUGCUCCCUCAGGUGUUCCGCGCGGCCCGGCGGACGCCUCCCAGCGUCCUCUACCUGCCCCACAUCCAGCAGUGGUGGAGCGCCGCGGGGCGCUCGCUGAGGGCCUCCUUCCUCCGCCUGCUGGGCGCCGUCCCCUCCCUCGCCCCCGUCCUCCUCCUCGCCACCUGCAGCGUCCCCCACGGCCAGCUGGACCCAGAGAUCCAGUCUCUGUUUCGGGAGGAGUUCGGGGAGGUUCACGCCGUCGGCGUCCCCACCCGGCAGGAGAGGGACGACUUCUUCCGGGACCUCGUCCUGAACCAGGCGGCCGAGGCUCCGCCCUCCACGAGAAGAGCCCCGACUCGGGGCACGGAGGUCCUCUCCCUGGCUCCCCCGGCCCCCCCCCGCCAGCUGACGGAGUGGGAACGCCUCCGUCUGGCGAGGCAGGAGGAGGACGUGCUGCGUAAGCUCCGCCUCUAUCUGCGUGAUGUCACGGAGCGCCUCAUCGUGGACGGCCGCUUCAAGAACUUCAGCAAACCGGUCAACGCUGCGGAGGUGGUGCAGCAGCCCAUGGACCUCACCACGCUGCUGAACAACAUCAAUAACAACAAGUUCUCCACGGUGGGCGAGUUCUUGUUGGAGGCGGAGCUUGUGUGGAGGAACGCCGUGCGGUCCAACCCCAACAAGGACCCCGUGGACCGUCACAUCCGUCACAUCCGUCACCAGGCGCGCGCCCUGAGGGACGCCCUGCUCGGCCUCAUCCGCAGCGAGCUGAACGAAGGCUUUGAGCGACAGUGUGAGGCCAUCCGAGCGUCGCGCCUCAGGAGAGCUGAAGCUCCAGACGCGCCGUCGGCACGGCGACCACCAGAACCUUCACCGGUUCUGCCCUCGCCCUCUUCCUGUGGCGCCGAGAGCGACCCGGACCUCCGCCGCAGAACCAGCCCCGCACCUCCACGAGAGCGUAACGACGGGCCGAUGCAGGCGCUCGACGAGGAAACGCCGCCGCCGGUCGUCGUAGAUCGCAGCAAGCUGAGGAACGUCCUCAGCAGAGCCGUGAAGAAAACGGAGGGCUGUGAGGUGGAGCCGCUGGAGACGCUCCACGCUCGGCUGGCUCAGUGCAUCUACCGACAGCGCAGCAACCGCGACAAAGAAAUGCUUGUUCAGGAAAUGAAGAAAGAAAUCGACAGCUUCUCUGGAUCUCCCACGUCAGGUCUAUUUCAAUAA